UCUCACACACACAUCCAGCAAUUCAUCCAGACACUGAAAGAGCGACGGAUUAUGCAGGCGGAGGAAUACACACGCAGAGGGAAGGAGAUGGUGGAUUAUAUCUGUCAGUACCUGACGGAGAUCAGACAGAGGCGUGUUCUCCCGGAUGUUCAGCCCGGCUUCAUGAAGUCUCAGCUUCCUGAUAAAGCUCCUCAUGAGCCGGAGCCGUGGGACGCCAUCAUGCAGGACGUGGAGAACAUCAUCAUGCCCGGGGUUGUCCACUGGCAGAGUCCCCACAUGCAUGCGUAUUUUCCUGCUCUGACCUCGUGGCCAUCGCUGCUGGGAGACAUGCUGGCCGACGCCAUCAACUGCCUCGGCUUCACCUGGGCAUCGAGUCCUGCUUGUACAGAGUUGGAGAUGUGUGUGAUGGACUGGCUGUGUAAAGCACUUGGGUUGCCAGAUCAUUUCCUUCACCAUCACCCAGAGAGCCGGGGAGGGGGAAUACUGCAGAGUACGGUGAGUGAGUGCACACUCGUUGCCCUACUUGCUUCCCGUAAAGACAAAAUCCUGCAGAUGAAGAGCAGAAACUCUCCCACAGACACACACACCGACACGGACGAGUCCACGCUGAACUCCACACUCAUCGCCUACGCCUCAGACCAGGCUCACUCCUCGGUGGAGAAGGCCGGGUUGAUCUCUCUGGUGAAGAUCAGGUUUCUGGAGUCGGAUGAAAAGUUCUCGCUGCGUGGAGAAACCCUGCAGAGAGCCAUUCAGGAGGACAGGAGGCGGGGCUUAGUGCCUGUCAUGCUGUGUGCUACACUAGGUUCUACAGGUGUGUGUUCCUUUGACUGUCUGGAGGAGCUGGGACCCAUCUGUGCUCGUGAAGGUCUGUGGCUCCAUGUUGAUGCGGCGUACGCAGGCUCCGCCUUCCUCUGUCCUGAAUUACGCAACUUCCUGUCCGGGAUCAAACACGCAGACUCGUUCGUCUUCAACCCGUCUAAAUGGAUGAUGGUGCACUUCGACUGUACGGCAUUCUGGGUGAAAGAUAAGUUUAAACUCCAGCAGACGUUUAGUGUUGAUCCUCUUUACCUGAGACAUGACAACUCCGGAGCUACAGACUUCAUGCACUGGCAGAUUCCUCUGAGUCGCCGUUUUCGCUCGUUAAAGUUGUGGUUUGUUCUUCGCUCCUUCGGCCUGAAGAACCUUCAAGCUCACAUCCGACACGGGAUCGAAAUGGCCAAACUGUUCGAGUCUCUGGUGAGGAGCGACUCAAACUUCCACAUUCCAGCAGAGAGACACCUGGGACUGGUAGUGUUUAGCAUGACUGGAGGAAACGCUCUUACGCAGGAGCUCUUGCGCAGGUUAACACACUCCGGCAGCAUGUUUCUGAUUCCGGCCGCCGUCGGCUCCAAACUCAUCAUCCGCUUCACCGUGACGUCGCAGUACACACGUCCUGAAGACAUCCGCCGCGACUGGAACAUCAUCCAGCGCACGGCCAAUGAAAUCCUGCAGCCAGGCCGCUGGCCACGCCCCCACGCGCUCUCACUGGACAGCGAGACCGAAAAAGAAACCCUGUGGCAGGAACAGGAAGUGGAGACGCAGGAUGAGCCGUCCAUGAUCGACAAGCAUCUGGUGCGUCAGAAUCAGAGGCGUGCCAUUCGCUCGAUGAGCUGCAGCGCCGAGCUCCCGCCAACCAGGCCUGACUCCGCCCACGCUCUGAAGGAGGCCCCGCCCCUCGGAGUGUUGGCGAAGAUUCCAGAGAGCCCUGAGGGGCGGAGAACGACGCAGAAGCGUCUGAUGAAGUUCCACAGUGUGCCGAGUUUACCACAGGUUUGGGCUCAGUGCGCCAUUCAGCAGCUUUACUGGCCUUUCAGCAAGGCUAACUGCUUCAACUGCUUCACACACUCACACACACACUCACCCGGCCCUCUGCCCACCAAAUAACACACACACUCACAUACACACACACACACACACUGCCCACCAAAUAACACACACACUCACAUACACACACACACACACACUGCCCACCAAAUAACACACACACUCACAUACACACACACACACACACUGCCCACCAAAUAACACACACACUCACAUACACUCACACACACACACUGCCCACCAAAUAACACACACACACACACUCACCCGGCCCUCUGCCCACCAAAUAACACACACACUCACAUACACACACACACACACACUGCCCACCAAAUAACACACACACAGACACACACUCACACACACACACACACACUGCCCACCAAAUAACACACACACAGACACACACACGGCCCACUGCCCACCAAAUAACACACACACUCACAUACACACACACACACACUGCCUACCAAAUAACACACACACUCACACACACACACACUCACACACUCACACACACACACUGCCCACCAAAUAACACACACACAGACACACACACGGCCCACUGCCCACCAAAUAACACACACGCACACACACACACACACACACACACACUGCACACCAAAUAACACACAAACACACACACACACACAUACUACUUUCUUUUUUCUUUAUUAGAC